UGCAAAAUUUCAGUGUCAAUAAAUCGUCGGCGAUAAGAGCGAUGAAAAUAGUUUUGAAAAAUCACACAGCUGAUAGUUGUUUAUGCAUUACAAUUUCAAUCUUCAAUCAACUGCAAACAUGUCAGACACAGUCGUUCACAAGAGUGCGAGCAUCCUAAGCGCUAGAAAGCAAGGAUUGAGUGCGGCGAGAGUGAGUCUGAAAGCUGCGUCGUCGAUAUUGAAGACUAUGAGCAGCCUUCGACAGAGUAGAGCAGAGUCCGGUCAGAUUUUGAGCGGAUCGCGAACUCCCGAAUCAAUCCACAAGUCUGUGAGCAUAGUAGUGACGGACAAAUCUGCGUCGAGCUUUCAAACCGGGGCACCAAAGCCGACGCAAACGUCUUUGUCAGGGGUGGAGCUAGAUGCAAGAUCGAGCACAGCUGAAGAAGAUGGGGGAGUUGAGCUUAGAACAAAAACGAUCUACAUAGACGAAUUUGGGGGCAGAAUGCCAAUGGGAUUGAAAAUGCGGCCGACAAAAUUUAUGAGGAAGUACCCGGAGCUGUUCAGAAGUGACGUCAGUGUGCAUCCAAGCUAUACUGGUCUGCUGAACUACCCAUACAAUGUUGUGUGCCGUCAACGCUUCCAUAAGAACAAACUAAAGAUGAAUCGCCAGCUGAACAGGGAGAUACAGAACAUAACGAUGACCCAAAGUCUCGCUCUGGAUGGAGUUCGCAUUGACAGAAUUUUCACUGUCGGAUUUCCUCCUUCCGCGGUCAAAGUUCCAGACUUUGCAACUGCCAAUGAGAGACUUCGUCUCGAUAGAAUGCUUGUUGAACGAUAAGCCAGUGAAUGAUAAAGGUUUUAAAAAUUGUAGGACGCAUAGACGAACAAAUAAAGUAGAAU